AUGUCCGUGCUUUGCAACGGAUUUGUACUCCGCAUUUGUAUAAGCCAACGACAGACGCUGAAGGUUUACGGACGAAUUUUGGCGUUGACCGCGGGGUUCAACGUAUUCUACAGUGCCUUUGGUGCGGUUGUUGGAAUGGUAAGUGGAAUUGAACAUUGUGGAGUGUGCCAGGAGCUUUUUUAAGUCAAUUCAAAGGCUUUCAAUUUUAGAAAGAGCUGCCAUAUGACGUAUAUUUCUACUACUUUACUGACUCCCCAUUCCUUUGCUAUGCUCCGGAAAUGGUUCAACAUUUUGCGCUGACCACAACCUUUGCUACAAUUUUUAUCCAAGCGGCCCUUCCUUCUGUUCAAUUUUACAUUCGCUACCGGGUGUUGAAGGAUAAUCGUCCAGAACCGGCUAAAUUAUAUUAUGCAUUUGUAAUAUUAGUAGUGUGUUUUUUGGCUUACACCUCUUUAGCGCACCUGCAGUUUGAAAAAACAACCGAUCUGCAUAAAAGAACGAUUUUCGAAGGCAUCAGAGGGUGCAAUAUUAAUGACCGUCUAUUGCCGACGUACAGUGUUUUUGAUAAAGUAAGUAAAGCGGCAAUAAAAUUUAAGUUUAAAAUUUAGUCCUCAGCGAGUAGUCAGUUUGAUGACAAGUGUGCUGUUGCAAUUUUCAUUGCGUGUUCAUUAGUAGUUAUUUAUUAUGGAGCCCUAACAUGGCUGAGGUGUAAGGAGCAUUUGGAAAAAACCACUGUGAUGACCAGGAAGCUCAACCGAGAUAUCAACUUGGCCUUAGCGUUGCAAGUAUGUUUCUUUAUAAAUAAUUGGAUGUUAUUGUAGUUUGCAAAUUGCAAACAGACUUAUUGAUCAAACUGACACGUUCGGUGACCAGUGUAGUCAAUUUACUUUCCAUUUUUGACACCCGCAUAAUUUAGCAGAGAAGACAGAGAAAAGCACGCGCAAAACAUACUCUCUCACGCGAAAAUUUACCCAUUUCUUUUCUGACAAAAGGUUUUUUUUGCGUCUUUGAGCUAUUCGUGUGGGGAGCUUCCAUCCUUUCUACUCGGUCGACUGUUAUUGCUUACUUCAAUUUCUCGUGCCUGUUUUUCUAUCAAUCUGUCGGGAAAAUAAUGUAGAUUUAUCGUGGCACAAUGUCUCGCCUUGUCGCAGUGAAGCAUCAAUUCUCCAGCCAUCUCUAGCCUUCAUCAAACGAUGAUGAGCGAUCGCAAGGCGCGACAAAUACACAUUAUUUUUCCAAUGGGCUGAUAUUACGAACAUUUUUUUUCUAGGCAGUUCUUCCAUUCACCUUCGUCACAUGCCCGACCAGUUUCUCGCUUGCUGGUCUCGUCCCUCACAGCAUCGGUUCUUACAUCAGUCUGGCAGCUAUGAUUGGUACAGCGUUGAGCCCGUUACUGGAUGCUUUAAUAACCCUUUUCGUAGUUCCUGCAUUUCGGAAGAGGAUAUUUCAAUGUAUUAUCAACUUCAGGGGUACGCAAGUGGAAAGCGGACCCAUUUCCUCGGUGAAAUUUAUCCUCCCGAACGGUUGAUUUGACCUCUGUUCAACGAACCUACACAGGCAAAAACCUCUGUAUAACGAACCCAUUGUGUAAAAAACAGUGUAAGUAUUACUAAAACACUUCCAUGGAUUUAGCUUCCAAACGCUGCGUUAUGGUGGUCCUAAUCCAAGAAAUUAUUUGACACUUCCGCCUUGUAGCCGCUACACAGUUUCAUCUUAUGGUGUUAGCAAUGUUAAAUUUGUUACUGACGUUAUUAAAUUUCCUGAAUAAACAAAGCGAAAUUUGUUUGUACCAAUAGAACCGCCAAUAGAACCAAAACAAUUAACUUGCAAGCAUAAUAGAUGUUCUGACAGUUCUCAGAGAAGUUUGCAAAGAUAGCGAUACGGGCCGAAGAAAGACAUACAUGUCACUUGAAACAUUGCGGAGGCGUCUUUAUUGCACCACCUCAUUUUGAAAAUCUAGUGACUUUUGCCGUCACUUUGUUGUUGUUGUCAGCCAAUUCCGAUGUUGAAUGCAUUAUAGCCUUGAGUUCAUUUCAGACAAGGAAAUUGGGUGGUUCCAUAAAUGUGUCGAAGAUUGCAAUUGAUUAUUUCAUAGUGCUUUUUCACGCGUGUACUGCUCAAGGAAACGGCGUUUACGGUUAAUUAGUAUUAUUUGUCCUCCUUGAAAGCUUAUUUACGGGUUGUAGCGUCGUUCAUAAACAAGCCGUGAGAGUGAAUCCAGCCAUUUUAUAUUUAUUUUUCAUCCAUGUUAAAAUAUAGUCGUCAAUAGGCGAUAGUAUUCGUGCAAAAAGUAAAUUUGUAGCUCGUAUUGUAGCAACGCUUCUUUUGACUAUUAUAAGCUUCAAUUUGUGCUUAAAGUAUUUCCAUUUAUUCCACAUAUGUCUACGUAAGGGUUGUGCCGACAAAAACGUUGCCAAAGUACAAACAACUUCUUAAAGAAUGACAUACACGCGGAACAAAGGCAAAUUGUACUUCCACCCCAUAAUUCCAUCCCUUCUAGUCUGCUCUGCGAUAACAAUUGUCAACUUUAAUGUAUGAAGGCUACGAAUACUCGGACAGUCAUCAAAGCGGUUCACUAUCGACGUUUUUAAUGGCGGAUAUAGCUGUUCCUUGCGGAGAAGGGACCGCUAGACAAUAUUACAAUUUGUUUACAAGACUGACGUCAAUAUUGUCUAUUACUUUCAACGUGGUGGUACUGUAUAUAUGCCUAAAUCAACAGAAGACUUUGAAGAUUUAUGGGAAGCUUCUUGCGCUGACUGCUGGCUUUAACGUGUUUUAUAGCGCAAAUACGAUUUUCGUGGGGAUGGUAAGCGACAAAGAUUGGUUGGAAAAAUCCUUGAAAUUUCAGAAAUCGAUGCCAAAAGGAGGUUACUUCUACUACUUUACUGACUCGCCUUUUGUCAUGUACGCGCCAGAAACGGUUCAGCAUCUUCUACUUAGCCUAUCAUUUGCUACUGUUUACAUUCAUGCAGGAUUACCUCCAAUGCAAUUCUUUUUCCGGUAUCGUAUCUUAGUCGACGAUCAACCGAAGGAAACUGAACUGUAUACUGGAUUCGUAUUGCUAUUAGUUCUCUCUACCCUGUAUACCUCGUCAUCGCUGACUCAGUAUGAAAAAUCGUCAGCGUGGCAUACCGAGGCUUUAUUUAGUGACGUCAAGGGAUGCGGUACCUCCAGUCAGCUGCCUACAUACAGUGUCCUUGACAAGGUAGCUUUUAUCUAGGCGCCUGGGAAUCUUGAGUUUUUUUUUAUAAAAUGUCAUUCCUUCAGUUGUCGACUACAAGUGCAAUUCUCGAUAAAAUAUCGGUGCUUAUUCUGGUGUCAAGCACUGUUAUUGUCAUGUACUAUGGUCUGCUAACCUGGUAUAACUUUCAAGAACCCAUGAAAAAGGCCACAUCUACUACGAGGAAGCUAAACAAAGAUAUUAAUUUAGUGCUAGCUCUACAGGUAACAUAUCCGUUUUCAUCGCUUACGGAUGGGGCGGGCCACUCAAAACUAGAAAGCCAUUUUCAAUUGUAAUUCGAAUAGAUCUUUUUAUGCCUUCCAAAAGUUUGGAAGAAUUAUUUUCAAGCCGAAACCGCUAAAGCUUAGUACAAAAAAACGACUCCAUGAACUAAUUGUAAAUCACAAAGUUUUGUGAUGUGGUCGGAUGAGAAACUCCACGUCUUCCAAGAAUGCGAACCCCAUCCGCAGGAAGUGACAGUCUGGAUUGCCGUUGGCAUCCACGGUGUCGUUGGCUCAAUCUUCUGGAGCAAUGAAGAUGGUGCGCGUGGAAUUAAUGCUGAUUGGUUGACCGAGAAGUACCAGGUUCAAAGAGGGUCAUUUUGCCUAAAUUGGUGACUAUAAUAAACGCAGAGCUUCCACACCGUUUGAUGGAUCGCGGACUCUGAUGCAUCCAUCUUCAUUCCCAUGGCCUGCAAGGUCUCCAGACCUCAUAAAACUGUUUUUGCAACAACAUUUUAUAAUUACAUAUUUGAGGUGAAACGAAAAAAAAUAUUAUAAGUCUUCAAAAUCAUUCAAAAAAUUAGUUUCUGCGGUUUCGAUCACUUGAAAGUUUCGAGUGGCAAGCCCCGUAUCUAGAAAAACGAUGACUAUCGUUUGACUUCCAGGCUCUUCUCCCAUGUGCUUUUGUGGUCUCACCCACGAGCUUGUUUCUAGCAGGUCUUGUGCCCGAUAGCAUAGCGCCGUAUCUCGGUCUUACAUCGAGCGUUGGAAUGACUCUAAGCCCAAUGUUGGAUGCACUCAUCGUGCUUUUAAUUAUUCCUGCGUUUCGGCGAAAAGUGCUUUUUUGUAUCAAGAGUGAAAAUGGCGAUUAUUCAAACGCAAGAAAAACGACGGUUUCCGCAGUGUUUACUACUUCGCAAGUGUAACUUAUGGAAUGUGCUAUAAAAAUAAGAUCAAUUGUUAAUUUGAUGAAGUAGAUCGACAUUGAGUUUCAAAACUAAGCAUUGUUUUUUCAACGAUAAUAUGCCUAAUAUGUUAAUGUUAUCGAUAUCAAGAUGAAUGCUGCAAUAAAAGAUUUUUUGAACAUGUUCCAAGCGUGAUUUGGUACAAAUGCAUAAUGUAUUCGAACUGAAAUGAAACAUGCCGCGAAAAUCUUCAAUUGCAGAAUAGGGGUUGACAAAUAUAAUAGAAAUUUCAGAUACAAUCGCUCCUUCUCCAACCCACCGGCAGUCCUCCCCUCACGUCAUUAGCGGCAUCGAACCAUGCCAAGAUACCCGCACGAAUGGCGGAUUUCGGGGCGGGAAGUAGGAACUCCGUUCUAAAAUAAAAUGUAACAAAAUAGAAUCUAGACAUAACAUCCAGUACAAACGCAAAUCAUACGACUACUCCAUAAUUCUCUUCAUUCUGGCGUGCUCUGUGGAUACAAUUGCCAAACGUAAUGAAUGAGUAACGAUUAUUCGUUACUCAUUCAUUUAAGACGGUUUACCGUCUAUAUUUUUAAUGCCGUAUGUGGGUGUUCCUUGCGGAGAAGGGUCCAUCAGAUUCUAUUACAGUUUGUUUACAAGAGUGACCUCGCUAUUGUCAAUAACCUUCAACGCUGUGGUACUUUACAUAUGUUUAAAUCAGCAGCAAAAUUUGAAGAUUUAUGGAAAGCUUCUUGCGCUCACUGCUGGGUUUAAUGUGUUUUACAGCGCCUACACGAUCCUUUUGGGAAGGGUAGGCGACAGAUUGUGGUAGUAUCUCGAUGAAAUUAAUGACAUGGCUUUUUUAUAUCAAAAAUUUCAGACAUCAAUACCAAUAGGACAUUAUUUCUACUACUUUACCGAUUCGCCUUUUCUUUUGUACGCGCCGGAAACCGUUCAGCAUGUUUUCCUUACCCUAUCAUUCACCACGGUCUACAUUCACGCAGGACUACCUCCAAUGCAAUUCGUUAUCCGAUACCGUAUUUUGCGCGACGAUCAACCAAAAGCAACUGAACUGUAUAUUGGAUUCUUAGCUCUGGUGGUGCUCUCUCUCUUAUUUACCUCAUCGACUUUGACCCAAUACGAGAAAUCGUCCCCACAACAUGCGAAAGCUUUAUUUGGUGAUGUCAAGGGAUGCCUUUCCUCCAGUCAGCUGCCUACAUACAGUGUGUUCGACAAGGUAGCUUUUUUCUAACAGCCUUGGAAUUUCGGGUUUUUGUUUUAUAAUAAUAUGUCAUUCCUUUCAGUCGUCCGCGGCAAGUGGGGUUAUCGACAAAAUGUCGGUCUUUUUUCUGGUGUCGAGCACCAUUGUUGUAACAUACUACGGUCUGCUAACUUGGAAUACCUAUAAAGGGCAUAUGGAAACUGCUACGUUUGCUUCCAGAAAGCUAAAUCGUGAUAUCAAUUUCGUACUGGCUCUACAGGUAAGAGGCCGCUUUUCAUCGCUUACGGACUGUACAAAAAAAUGAUGACUAUUGUUUGACUUCCAGGCCCUUCUCCCAUGCGCUUUUGUGGUCUCCCCCACGAGCCUAUUUAUAGCAGGACUUGUACCUGACAGCAUAUCACCGUAUCUCGGCUUUACAUCCAAUGUUGGAACCACUCUAAGCCCAUUGCUGGACGCUCUCAUUGUGCUCUUGAUCGUGCCAGCGUUUCGUCGAAAAUUGUUUUAUUGUUUCAAGCGUGAUCAUGGCACACCAGACAAAACGACGGUUUCAACAGCGGUUGUUACUUCUCGAGCAUAA